AUGGAACGUGUGGUUGCAGUGUGGACCAGACUCUGCAAGACUCUGUCAUUUGUAUUGAGUUGCAACUUCCCAGAUAGACCAGCAUAUGGGGAUGUGUCCGUCACCAGCCUGCAUGCAGGGGGAGAGGCCUAUUUCUACUGCUUCAAUGGAUACCAACUCCAGGGUCCCUCCACCCUCACGUGCCGCAAUGCCACCACACCCUACUGGAGCGGCAAAGUGCCGCGCUGUCUUGUGGCCUGCGGUGGAAUGGUGAAGAACGCGACUCUCGGCCGCAUUGUGUCCCCUGGUUUCCCUGGCAACUACAGCAACAACCUGACCUGCCACUGGGUGCUGGAGGCCCCUGAGAGUCAACGGCUGCACAUGCACUUUGAGAAAGUGGCCCUCGCGGAAGAUGAUGACAGGUUUCUGAUUAAAAACGGCAACCACAUUGAUUCGCCGAUUUUGUAUGACUCGUACGAGGUGGAAUACCUUCCGAAUGAAGGAAUCGUUAGUUCCACCAGACAUCUCUUUGUGGAGUUUACGACGGAUGGAUUCGGCACCAACACAGGAGUAGCCAUCAGAUAUGAAGCUUUUGCAGCAGGGCACUGCUACGAGCCAUUCGUCAAGUACGGCAACUUCACCAGCACUGACAGCACUGACAGCACCUACGCUGUGGGCACGGUUGUGGAGUUCACCUGUGACCCCGGAUACACCCUGGAGCAGGGCUCUGUUAUCAUCGAGUGCAUGGAUCCCAGCAACCCUCAAUGGAAUGAGACUGAGCCCGCCUGCAGAGCGGUUUGCAGUGGAGAGAUCACAGAUUCAGCUGGGGUGGUGUUGUCUCCAAACUGGCCUGAAGCCUAUGAUAAGGGUCAGGACUGCAUCUGGGGAAUCCAUGUUGAAGAAGACAAGAGGAUAAUGCUAGACAUCCAAGUUCUUCACAUGGGAACGAAUGACAUGCUGACUUUUUACGAUGGAGAUGACCUGACUGCAAAGGUACUGGGCCAGUACAGCGGUUCCCGUCCUCGGUUCAAACUCUACACCUCUAUGGCUGAUGUGACCAUCCAGUUCCAGUCAGACCCUGCUACCAACAUCUACGGCUACAACAACGGCUUUGUGGUGCACUUUUUCGAGGUUCCCCGUAAUGACACCUGUCCAGAGCUUCCAGAGAUCUCCAAUGGCUGGAAGACCACAUCUCACCCUGACCUGGUACACGGCACGGUGGUGACCUAUCAGUGUUACCCAGGCUUUGAGGUGGUGGGCACCGAAAUGCUCAUGUGCCAGUGGGACCUGACCUGGAGCGGAGACUUGCCUAGCUGUGAAAGAGUCCUGUCAUGCCCGGAUCCAGGCACGGUGGAGCACAGUCGCAGGGUGAUGUCUGGCCCACGUCUCAUCGUGGGCUCUACUGUCCAGUACAUCUGUAACAAAGGCUACUCGCUGUCAGGAAACAGCCUCCUCUCCUGCUACCACCGCGACUCCACCGGCCCCAAGUGGAGCGAGAAACUGCCCAAAUGCAUUCCUGAUUCGUAUGAGCCGUGUAGGAACCCCGGCAGUCCUCCCUAUACCAUUCAGAGCUCAGAGAAGCAUGUGUAUCAGGCUGGAGAAACUGUGCGCUUCUCCUGCAUGAGUGGGUAUGAGCUCCAGGGCGAGCUUGUUCUCCGCUGUGUCCCCGGGCAUCCUUCCAAAUGGAGCCAUCCACCCCCGCAGUGCAAAGCCAUAACACUGGAGUACAUAGAUGAACGCAGACUGGAUGUGGCCAGUGCAGACUUCAGUAUAGAGGGAGCCAGUGUGGCUGUUUCCAUUUUUAUCCCAGUGGCCAUAAUCAUAAUAAUCAUCAUGUCAAUAUAUUUCUACUUCUCAAGGGUGCAAGGCAAGUCUCUACGACUCUCCAUGUCCACAUCACCACAAUAUGAUCACAUCAGUGGAGAGUCAGCUUUUGUAAACCCCAUCUAUGAGACUGCAAACAAUGAGAGACCUAUGAUUCAAAGCAGCCACCAGAGGUACUCUCUAGGAUUCUGUUGUAAAGAAAGAGCCUGUAAGGAGAGUUGAUCAAUGGAAUAGCGUCACAUGGACAAGGCCGAGAAGGAUACGAGAGAAUACGAAGUCUCCAUUUAAAGAAAACAAAGCUUGUUUUAGCAUGGAGGACUGCAAGCCUUGUGGAAGAUCUCUCAGUUCCUUUCACAUCUAGCCAACUCUGCUCUUAAUCUCACCUACCUUCUCAUCUUUUUCCAUCUGCUGUAAAUAUCUCCUUGCUUCUGAGGACUUCCGCAAGCGAAGAGUGUGGACAACAUGAUAUUAUUUUUGUAGAGCUUCAAUAGCCAUGGCCUAGCAGAACUGCUUGUACAGUUUUUACCCAUAAUUGAGCCAAAUUAAGGAAAUAAAAAAAUGACUGAUAAUAGGGGAGUCCAUGUUAUUUGGGUGACUGAUGUCUCUCUAAACAGAUUUAUUAAUUUAUUUGUUUUUUAAUUGUCGCACUUUUGCACUCACAACCCUUCCUUCCCCCUCUCCCAAAAAUUCGCAUGUAAAGUUACAUUGUGAGAUUUAAAUAAAUCACAAGUACAGGAAAUAGUUGUAGUUGUGGAAAAUAAACAAAAUAAUAUAAAUUCACAUCGAAAUAUAAAGCAAUUAACAAUAUACAGUCGCAAUUAUGGGAAACAAUUACCUGUUAAUUUUCAGGUGGAAAUGGCUUUCCAUAGCAAUGAUAUAAACUACCGUUCAAAAGUUUGGAGGUAGGAUUUUUUUCAUGUUUUUG